GAAUUUUCAUCAAAUACCAUUACCAGAAUUAUUUCAUAUGUUUUAUUAAAGUCCUUUUUACAUGUUGGUAAUUAAGAACAUUCAUACUAACAAGUGACAAUUCAUAGCAACAUUGUAAAUAAGUAUUUACAUGCGUAUGAACCGUUAUGACGAAUUCGUUAUCUACUUAACUGCUGUAAUCUCUUGAUAGACGAAACCAGAGCAAAUAGUGUAUACACAACCUUUCACAUUCCAAUUAUCAAAGUAUCCUGUGAAAAGCACCCUUUAAACUUGGAGGAUUUGAAGCAUACCAAGCUGUCAUAAACAUUCCUAGUUGGGCUAAAGUCAUGGAUAAAGUUGGAGAUUCAGCAAGUAAUUCAGCACCCACUAGUUUCUAUACUCGAUCGAAAGGAGACGAUCAAAAGAUGACAGAUCAAAAAUCAUCAGUAGCCAUUAAAAGUGUCACCACUACCUCAAAGCAAAGCGCAUCCGGAAGCAAUACCAUUACAAUCACCACAACGACACGUACCAUUACAGGAGUCAAACAAAGUUGUCAAACGCCACAAAAUUUAGUGGAAAAAGUAUCACAUGCCGAUGAUACUGCAACAAUGCCAGGUCCAACUAAAUCCUUCGGUAAUACUUGUAAACUUCGUCCAUAUUUGCGUUAUGAGCUUCGAAAAGAUCAAAACAUUUCAAUGCUGAAUAGUACAAAGUAUAAGAGAGCUGUCAUUUGUGCACCAUCUUGGAUGCAUUCAACUUGGAAAAACUUUCAUCUUAAAUCCAACCUCAUACCCCACGAUAUAGGACUCCAAAUUGUUGGUGCACUGCGUAGUGAAGGCGUCAUAAAUUGCACUCAUUUCCUCGACAGUCUACCUAAAAAUUCACUCAUCAAGCUACAACUCUUCAGUAGAAAUGAACAAUACAAUGUGACCGGUGCCAUUAAGAGAGGAUUGUACUCCGAAGGCAUCCCCCAACAGGUCAUCUUGUCCCUGAAGGAUUUAGUGAGACAAACCAUUAUCGUCGGAGUGGGGCAAACAACUCACUAUGGUGGUUACAAAACGACGAGCAGGCCACAAAACGGACGCGUGUAUAUUUGUGACUUGUCAGCGUUACAAUUUCAGAAUAAGCUUAAUACAGGAAGACUUGUUUUGCUGUCCGAGCAUGGGACUAUAGCACAGGGUGUCUUAGAUGAGGAAAUUUUCGAAAAUGUGGUCGGUCAGAAGAGAUUAAGCCAAGAUAAAAUAAAUUCUAUUUUCCCCGGAAAUGAAAGAUAUGUCCCGUGUCGUAGCAAAGUUUUUGGAGGUGUGUAUUUUGACACGGUUGCAUAUAAACGCUUCGUGGCGACGGACGUAGUUUUGGCAGGAUUAGCGCUGAAUAUGAUAGCAGAGAAGGAUAACGGUCAGGGUAUAAAUUUUAAAUUUCUGAAAUAUGGAAGUGGAUUUUUUGCAGGAGAUUUUUCCGCAAUAAUUGAAAAGAAUAUAUUGAACGGAGUUCUUGAUGGGCUUGAAUCUUUGUUUGGAAGAUAUGAUGUCUCUUGUAUUAAACAAGUUGAGCUCCCAUUUUAUGAAAAUACAGAGAGAGGUAGAGUCAGUCAAAUUCAGGAAACGUCAGGGCGUCCCAUCGUAUUUUCAAUGGAGGAUGCUCUGAGGCACUCAAAACCUGGGUUGGUAACUGCAACGACAAAUUGUGGCGAUCCUCACGCUGUGUUGGGCAAUGAGAUGGGGUAUCAAAGCGUGGAUGCUGCCAUUGCAGAAAAUCUGCAAGACAAAGGGAAUCAGUUCUGCCCGUUGUUAAAUGCGAAUUUUAGACAAUGCCAUUUUGAUGUAAAAUGAUCGAUAAAGUGACACGUCUUACAUAAAUGUUUUAAUAAUUGACAUACGUUUUGAGAUAAUUAAUAAAUAAAUUGUUAAAAAAUAAAUUGAAGAAUAUUAAUUAAUACCAUUUGCAAUUUAUAUUUAGCAUUAUACGUACAUCCGGAAACUCUCCGUUUUACACUUGUCAUAUUAUAUUGUAUUUGUAUAUUACUCUAAAAUUGUUCUCCAUGUGCCGUACCGCAAAGCUCGAAAGAAUACUAAUAAAUAGUUAUUAUGC